CACCAACACCGAUGCGCUUUCACUGCGGCAGACGACUACACAAUGGAGACUACUGAGCAACUCGACGACGAAAUCAGCGACCUGCAUACCCGGAUAGCCACUUUGAAAGCCCACCGCGCGAACCUAUCUUCCGUCCUCUUGUCGCAACCCCACCUCGCUGCGCGUCUCCAUAGUAGCGGUACACACAACAAGCCUGCCGACGAUACGAGUCCAAUCAUCACACAGCAGUCGAAACGCAUCCUCGAGAACACCUAUCGCGCCUGUGCUGGCGUUACUGCAUACAAAGUCAAAGAUCCCGACCCACAUGCGCUGAACCAUGGCAACAUUCUUGGCGUUAGCAUAGAUGUGCCACUCAGAGGCAGAUUCGUCGAGACAUAUCACGUCUUGCUAAGCGUCAGACAAAAGGAUGAAAAGACUAUCCUAAGAAUCAACAAGCACACUAUUCCACCAUGUAUACCUCUGCAGCAAUUGUCCGACAAGUGGCUACCCACGGGGGGCAAAGACGAAGAGAAUGAUCCAGAACAGGACUUGGUGCAGUUUGGGAGACUGCUGCGGAAGGAGCUGGUGAGCUGGCACUUGCGUGUCAACGCUUUGGAAGAGUUACAGAAGGAGGCUGGUCUGGCAAAACCACACCCGAACAGCGAAACUGAGGGCUUUGCACCAACUGGAAACAUCUUGAACGCCUUCGUGAGCGAUGAUGAGACGAGCUCAGAUGUCGAGGAAGCCGAAGACGAGACUGAUAGCGUACGCAUACUGGACAUCGAAGCCGAUGCUGCUGUCAGGCAAAUCACUGUUGUCUGGUCCGACAGACGAACAGCGGUCAUGUCCGUCACCAAAGAUGGGAGGAUUGAGAGGGCUGUGUGCAGGACAAGAGAUGGAGUCCGAGAUGACGUCUUCAGCAGGAAGGCCAUAGGUCCCAUCAGUGGCUUGGUCCGCAGACUACAAGCAUGAGUAGACGAGCGAAGCCUGAACCAGAUCUUCUAAGCCUUUAUGAAAGCUCGGCUGCUGGGCACGGCGUUCAUGAUUUUUACGAUACCCAUUGAUAGCGAGUCGUUCAUCAUAUUCAUCAAGCGCUCUCUCAACUAAAAGGUCACGAACCCAGGCUUUUUGUUCUACACUUCUGACAAGGAAAUCACGCGACUUCGUAACGAUCCAUACAGACAGCCUAUCUGCUGUGAGAUCUGGUAGCGUCAUACUACGGGUGCGCAUCGCUCAUUUUCUGUUACCAAAUGCUGCAAGGGCACUGCGAAUAUCGGACAGUACAUCGUUUGCUCACGACGUUGAAUAUUCUCCAAGUGGUGUGGAAGUGUUACAGUGCAGUGAAAGACUGAGCGCGCAUUGGCCACACUCUUUGGAGGGCUGAUAACACCAGUGGGGAUGAUCCCUUCCACCUUUCACGCGACCACGCCUUUCUCGCCAG